GAGGGAGCCAAUUCCCUGGCUAUCCAAGUUUGAUAUCACUUCAACGCUCUUUCUCUAGUGUCUUUGUAGUGUAUACAGUCCUAUCCUCGGAUACACACCCACUACGCCAUACCUCCAUCACGAUGACUCUAAUUCAUAUUGUGCUGUUUAAAUUCCGCCCCGGAAUCAGCGAGGAGCAGAAGAGUGCAUUCAUCCAAGAACUCAAGAAACUGAAAAACCUCUCUUCUGUCAAAGACGGACGCCUCAUUGUUGGGAGUCCCAGUGUUACAGACCCCAUUGAACGCAGUAAGGGUUUCCAGAUUGCUCUUGUGAGUUAUCAUGAGGAUUUGGCGGCUCUGGCGGAAUAUCAAGCAAGUGAAGAGCAUCACCGCGUGACUUCUACGUACUUCAUUCCCUACAGAGAAGACCUGGUCCGGUUUGACUUUGAGGUGGAUGCUGAGGAUGAAUACAUGUGCCAAUUUCCUUUAUUAGCCUAGAUUAUUGGGACAUAACCCGAGAAUUUUUAUCUUAGACAAUUUUAUGGACUAUACAAUCAGUCCGUCGAGUUUGACAUCAAUGUUACACAGGACACGGGAAUGUCCCGCUUGCCC